AUGGAGCGCAGGGCUAAAAUAGUAAUACUUGGUAGCUGUAGUUCAGGGAAAACAAGUCUAGCAAAGAAGUACAUAAAUGGAGGGUUUGACCCAAAUCAAGCUGCCACAAUUGGUGCAGCGUUUCAAACAAAAGAAAUACACAGGGAUGGAUAUACAUUACACUUAGAUCUGUGGGAUACAGCAGGGCAGGAGAGGUACGGGGCAAUUGCACCCUUAUACUACAGAGAUGCCAAUACCGUAGUUGUAGUAUAUGACAUAACAGAUAAGUUGAGCAUAAAAAUAGCCCAGCAGUGGUGCUCUGAAGUAAGACUGAAAAACAAAACAGCGUCCCUUGUAGUGUUUGGCAACAAAACAGAUCUUUUGUUUAAAUCAUCAGAGUCUUCUACAUUUAUGAACAAAGGGUUUCCAGAUGUAGGGGUGGUUCAGAAACUCAGGGAAAUAUCAGAGGUGACCCAAAAUUACUUCACUGAAUAUGAAAUAUCUCAUUUUACUGGAUCUGCUAAAACAGGAGAGGGUGUCAGCUCUUUAUUUAAGCAUAUUUCAAAUAAUACUUCUUAUGUCGAAAGAAUCCUUGUACAGCCAACUGUCUGGUGCUGUUUAUAG